AUGGUGGGCAUCACGACGUAUCUGCAGAUCCAAUACACGAGCAGUUUGUCGCAUAAUAUUUCCGGAGUGAUGAAGAACUGCAUUCAGACGUUCAUGGGGGCUUAUUUUUAUCAUACCACCAUCACACUGAAAGGGUUUUUCGGUAUUUUGCUUGUGGUGGGAGGUUCCUUGAGCUAUACGCUCGAGCGAUUAGAUGUGAAUAGGAAACAGAGACAGGAGGAAGCAACCAAAGCGUUGCUUGGAGAAUCGUCUAGUCAAGAACUGGGGGAGGAGGUCCAUUUAGAGGUGACGGAUGAGGAAUCAGUUCAUUAGCUUUUAUCGUAUUA